AGACGCGAGUCGAUUCCAUGUUUUCAGGGAUGGAGUGUGUUCUUGCGGAGACUUUUGGUGAUUUUGGAGCUUGGAGAGCUUUUACGAUUCGUCACAACGGUAAAAGUCCUCCAAGUGAAAAUCACGAUUUUUCUACUAGAGACAUCAUAAAAAUUCGUGAUCAAGCACAUUGCGUCAUUGGAACUGGCGAAAAAGAGAAGAGAUGGAUUUUUUUUUCUUACCGCGCACGAGUAGUCCAGCGAAUAUGGAAUACCUCACACACACACACACAAAACUGGCUGACGCAUUCUGCUGACGUGUGCGUACGGAAGGCCCUGGCCAAAUUCCGUGUACGGCGGUGUGUGGUAGGAAUAGGUCGAAGAACAUUAGCGCGGAGAUUUUGAGCGCCCGCGUCGUCACAGCUGGUGUCUGUCGAUCGCCCCCCGUGAGCUCCCUCGAUCGUCGCCCCAGCUGCGCGAGCAAGGUGAGCUCCUCGCGAAUCUCUGGGGCAGACAGAGCAGCGAUGCGCGGCUUAGGGUUUAGCAAUCCGCGGAGGAUGUAGCGCGCGGGAGGAGGAUCGUUUCGGAGCUAGCGGGAAUCGCUGGAAUCGAGCGAAAUGCGAGAUCGGCCGAGCAAGAGACUUGGGGAUUUCCAUGACGAGAAAGAAUUCUUCUACGACUAGCCAGCGCCAAAAGGCCGAGGCUUUGGAGGAGGAGAGCUUCACCAUGGCCUCCUCGGCGUUGCCCAAUGGCAAUGGGUCGGCCAAGCACGAUCUUCUCAGAGGUUUGUUUCCUCCAGGAGCAGCCAUAGACUUGGACAACAUCGAGUAUUCGUUCGCCACCCCUUACAACGGGCCUCCGGUAGAGUUUCCACUCCCAAAGGCUCCCAUGGCUCCUUCUUGGGGGACUAACAAGACCACGCCUCCAAAACUCGCCACCAUUCUUCCGGUGGCUCAGCUGUGGAGAGGCUCUGGGAGCGUUGCUGCUUCUUCGGUCCCCGCUGCUCGCCAGUUCUUUCGAUCGACGUCGGGCUCCUCGUUCUCGGAGUCAUCCUCGGCGAUGGCUGUUGCCGCUGCUACUGUCGAGCGGGAUGCUGCCAGCAGUGCUGCCGCCGCCACUCGAAAGUCCUGUCCGUCGGAGAUUGAGGAGCUGGCUACGUCGCCUUCACCACAGCUUUUCGGGAGAACACCAUCGUCGGAGGGCAUUGUCACGGACUCUUCGGCGCUGCAGUAUUCGGAAGAGUUCUCCCCGGGAGAGUCGGAAGAUCCCAGUGGAAACUUUGAUAGUCGGCGGUAUGGAUUGGAUCCCUCUCCGUCUGGGAAAGGCGGAAACAUUCACAGGAAACGGGGACAGUGCUACCGCUGUCUGAGAGGUAACAGGCUGACGGAGAAGGAGGUGUGUUUGGCUUGCGGCUCGAAGUUUUGCUCCAACUGCGUGCUGGUAGUGAUGGGAUCCAUGCCAGAAGGGAGGAAGUGUGAAGAAUGUGUUGGACGCCCCGUUUUGGAGGAUCGCCGUCCGUUUUUGGGAAAGCCUUCGAGACUGUUGAAGAGGCUGCUGGGUCCCUUGGAGAUCCAACAGUGCAUGAAGUCGGAAAGGGAGUGCUUUUCAAACCAGCUGCAGCCAGAGCAAGUGAUUGUGAACGGAAGAAGGCUGAUUUUUGAAGAGCUGAUUUUGUUACAACAAGAAUGUUUGCGACUGAAGCCCGGGAAAUACUGGUAUGACAAGGCCUCGGGACUCUGGGGCAGGGAAGGAGAAAAACCACACAUGUUUAUCACCCCUGAGUUGAAAGUAGGAGGACCUCUGCAGCAAAAUGCCAGCAAUGGAACGACGCAAGUGUUCCUAAACUGUCGGGAGAUCACGAAAUCGGAGUUUAAAAUGCUCAAAGCUCUUGGCGUUCAAUGCACUCCUCAAACGUACCUUGUUUUGUAUCCUGAUGGUAGAUAUGGAGACGAAGGUCAGAAGGAGAUCAAGGGUAACCUGUGGAACAAACCCAUGAUGAGGCUUUUGUACCCAUUUUUUUCUUUCCCAACUCCACGGUCAAGCAACCAACUAGUGAAGACGGAUGCAGUGGCGGCCUCUAGAAAAGUUUCUCCAACUUCUAUUGAAGUUAAAGACGCAUCAAAAAUUCUUCUACUGGGGCACGAUGGGUCGGGCAGGAGUACCAUCUUCAAGCAGACGAAAAUUCUUCACAAUGGGCAAUUUUCGCCGGAGGAGUUGCAAAAGUACAAGGAAAUGAUGCUGGGAAAGGCAUACCAGUUUCUCAAUGUUCUGCUUGAAGCACGAGAAAGAUUCGAAGAAGAGUCAGGAGACCUUUAUACCUUGAAUGACCAGCUCAAGGAUGCGGCUGACAGGUUCAUGACGAGCAUGACUGCGGGUCAUCUGGAACGGAGCAUCUCAAAAAACACGCGCUCUAAUCUUUCUAAGAUUUGGAACGACCCUGCGAUACAACAAACAUACAGUCGAAAGGAUGAACUACAGCUUCCUGAAGUGACUGCCGAUAUUUUGAAUAGAGUGUUACAAAUACAGGAUUACGUCCCAUCGGUCACGGAUAUCUUAUCUGCCGAGGGACUUGAGCAAGGAACCGGUCUUGCAGAGGUACAAUUUUCUCUCGAGGACAAAGACUUGUCCGAUAGCAACGACCACGAAUCUAACCGUCGCAGGUACCAGCUGAUUAGCAUCGGGGGCUUAGCUACAAACGAGUUUAGGAAAUGGCUCGACAUGUUCGAGGACGUAAAGAUUUUGGUCUACUGCGUAGCCGUCAGCGAUUACGACCAGCAGUGGACAGAUUUAACGGGAGCGUUGCACAACAAGCUCAUCUUCAGCCGGGACCUCUUCUUCAAGAUCGUGGGCUACCCGUGCUUCCAAGACACCCCGCUGGUGCUGCUCCUCAACAAGUACGACAGGUUUGAGGAGAAGGUGACCAAAGGGAUCCCUCUCACCACCUGCGAGUGGUUCUCGGACUACAGCCCGGUUGGAUCGUCGCACUCGAGCCAGGUCCAGCAGGCCUACAUGUACGUGGUUCACAAGUACAAGAGGUUCCUGGAUGGGAGGAGAGUUUACACGCUGCAGCUAAACGCGCAGGAGCAGCAGGCAGUGUCGGGGGCGCUCGAGUAUGUACAGCAGAUCUUAAAGUGUGAGGAGGAGAUGAGAGCCGGCUUGUGGAUGCAUCACGAGGAAUCCAACUAUGGCGACACUAGUUCUUUCACGAUACCGGGACAGGGUCACAGGUAGUGGUGGGAGAUAGAAAUUUUUAUAAAGAGGGAACAAGGGAGGGACAACACAGGGUUUCUUCUUCUAUUAGGCGAUGAUUUUUCUCGACCAUUUGUACAUGGGAAAGGCUACGUACGGCAGCUACAUUGUUAGUAAGAAUUUUUUGUUUUUCUUCUCUUCA